AUAUGUCAUUAUAUCAUUGUAUGUUUUUCUAAAAUGUAAAAUGCACGUAUUCACGACAAAACUCAUUCCCGAGGCAUUCUCUAAAAUCCUCUGAGGUCAGAACAAUUCACGUUAUGUCAAGCAUUCAAAUUAUGUCAGUGUGAAAGUAAAAGGAACCUGAAGAAUACGUUAGAAUUAUGCUGCAGUCGAGCGAGAAUGAUCCUGGAACAACGAUAAGAGUAAUGAUCAGAUUUGUCCCGGUGCCUCGGGCAAUCGUCUAGCUUGUAUCUUAAUCUGGCCUUGAACUUCGCGCCGCUCCAAGUGACACGUAUCCGCACACAUGACUUGAGGUUGCUCAGGUCGGCUUUCACACGAGUUGGCAACGUUAUAUAAUCAUGACAUUCAUAGUGAUCGUGAAAAAGCUCAAAGUUCGCGGUUCAAUUUAGCAGGAUUGUGGCGAGCAUAUGAUUUAAAUAUGAUUAUAUCGUAUAAAACAUAUAUUAUACAUCGUGUAACACGUAAAAGGCAUGUUAUACAAGCGGAACAAUCUCGGAAAUUACACAGCGGCGAUAGAGAUUGAAAGGCAGGGAAAGAAAGCAUUCUUCAAGCACAAUAAAGGUGCAAUAUAGCACACGGUAGAUUGAUCAUGAAUUACGUUCUAUCUGUACAAAAGUACUCUUGUCUAAUGCUCGAAGAAAGCAAUGAAAUACUGCGUCCAGACUGGCGUUGAGUUUCCAUCGAGAAUAAGAGAAUAUAAUAAGAGAAUAUACGCGAGACGCGGACCAAAAUUAAUGCGCGAGAUAUUAAGCGGGGAGGGACUUUAAUAUGCGAUGUCGUGUCUUUUACGAGGAGAAAGUCGGUAAAAUGUUUUCCUCGCGUAGGUCUCUCCGCGAGGAGGAAACGCCGGAGACGACGACGAAGCGGCAGAGCACGACGGAGGUUAAAAUUUGAUGCAACCUCGCCUGGGUUACUUACGUGGGAAGCCGUCCUCGGAACAAAAGCGACCUGACGUAAGCAACUGCGAGCGCGUGCCGUUCCGAUCUCGCGUUCUCCGCCGCGCGGAGAUGCAUUGUAUCACGAUAAUGAAAGUGAAGUGUAACAGUCGUGCAACAGUCGCACAAAGCCGUGAGAACAACGUACAAAAAUAGCUUAAGGGUUCUUAAAGGUCAUCGAGGUUUCGCCGAGAUGUACGCCUCGUCCACCGGUCAUCGAAUUCCGGACAAGAUUAACCAAGUUGUUGCGAAGAUCUACCCAGGCUUACCUUUCUUACCUUCGAACGUACUACUUGCAAACUGUAUUCUACGCGAAGUUCACAUCGCGGUUUCGACGCUUUCCCUAAAGAACGCUUCAUGCGUUGUAAUACGCUAACUACCAGUGUUUUAACGCAAAUGUCUAGUCAUUUGCAUGUGGACUUGUUUUCAUUGUAUGCUUUUCCUUAGUUUGUAGGCAGCACAUGUGCUUAUGCCUCAUUUCAAGUAGUAUUAUCAUAUUUUAUACUAUGUUACAAGAGAGUAUCCUGAAUAAUAUGUAAGCGCCAGUAUUCAAGGAUUCAUUUCAGAGCGUUAACAUCGGUUCUCUUUAGACUGACGUAUUUCGAAAAGGAAGGCCGUUUUAAACAUUGACUUGAAAUGUGUCGCUUUAAAAGUGUUAUUACGUAUUGCAAGAUUGUUAAUAAAUGUGUGUGCUUGGAACUGCAUCAGAAGGGUAUGCAGCGUGAUAAUGGAUUAAGCGUGACGGCAUGUAAAUGCCAGAUGCAUUUCGUGACGCAAGGUCCGGUGGUGCGCGCCGUUGCAUUCAUGCCCUUUUGCAGAGGCGACUAGGUCGCCUCAACUGGUAACCGACAAGUUCCAAGUGUCGUCGUGGAGACACGAGACCGUGUUGUAGCCGCGUACGCUUUCUCCGUCCUUCUCCGGCCGCCCUAGUCGGGUGGCGUUUCGAAACGGAAGAGACAAAGAGCUCGAAGUCGCGAAACAAUGAGACCUGAUAUCGCACGGUUGAACUAGGUACCUCUCUUCUCCCUCGCGUUUUCACGACGACGACGACGACGAGGACCAUGCUGCGCCGUCGCGCAGCUCCACAUCGCCGACGUCGCUCGUGUUAUUGUGCGUACACUGGCGAGGAGAGCGAGGCGGGGAACAGGGCGUUUACCUAAUGGCGUACAAUUAUCGUCCCUGAAAAAACCCGUCCGCCAGACGGUCUCUUCCUCUCGUUUCUCUCGCCCCUCCGCUUUAUGGAAUCAACGUUUUAGCGCGGCCGGGCUGUAAUUAAUCCUCGACGCGUUAGCCGCUGAAGAUGAACGCGGAUGUUUGCGCAUAAACUCAUGCGUUUUCUUAUAACGCGGAUGGGAUGACAGAUGGAAUUUCGCGGUUAUUUAUGGGACAUGGAAACGCGACACGGUGCAGAUCCCCGAGACCGCCGUUCGUUUUCCGUGUUUUAGAUUGCUUUCUUACGUAGAUGUACGACAUAACUUUCACGGUACGUAAAACGGAGAUUACCAAAAUUCCGACGGAUUACGUAAGGUCGUCUUAAUUGUUCGGGCGCGUGUGCUCGUUAUGCGCAAGCAGGACAAUUUCCGCGUUCGUGAGCGUCGGCUACAUCGUAACGGGGCUCUUCCGGUGGGGACGAUUAAUUCUGUCGGUCGUGGGGCAAGCGACCGCGCCUGUCGACCAUUCCCUGCGAUUUUUGCGCUUUCGUUACGAAUGGAAAUUUUUGUUUAAUUUGACCGGGCGCCGCGCCUGAAAAAAUAGCGCCGAUAACGACCGCAUCAGCAGCCGCGGCAGUAAUUGUCAGUCGCAGUCCACGACCGCGGAACUGUUAUCCGUCUCGAACGAGCCGUUUUUCCUGCCACGUCACAUAUUUCCCCAUUUCAUCCCCGAUUAAUUUUCAUCAUUCUUUCCGCCGUCGUUACAUGCCGAUAGCAAGCCACUGUCGAUUACAAUGCAUUCGCGGAACAGUCAUUUACGACGAGCCAUCUCUCGCUCGGGAUUUUAAUGAUCUGGCGCGAAAGAAUGGGAUUCCGUUCCACACGAACGGAAGUCUAAUUGUUGCAUUCAGAGCGCGGCUCUUACCUCCCUCGUAAACUGCGCUCUUAGACACCCGUUCCCAAACUCGUGUUCCUUUCCUGCUCGAUAAGCGCGACCGAGAUCUGGAUGUAAGACUCGAAGCCUCCAAGGAUGCAGAGAAUCAUCGGAUCACUUAAUUCACUGCUGAUUCAGCAGCUCGUGAAUCAGGAUGCUUCAUAACACUGUCGAUAAUCGCGCGAAUAAUUGCAGUUGGCCUAAUAGAAAGCCGGGGUGAUUUACGAUCCCGGUUAAAAAGUUCCCCCGGGAAGUAAUCAGCUUAAUCAGACGCAGACAGUUACGCGUAAUUAUACCGGCGCUAUGCAAUUUCCCGUUGCGAUCCACGCAAUGCACUUUACGAGGUAACGCGCUUAGUGCCCGCGAGAGUUAAACGCGAACGAUAAAACCGAACUUGAUGGCUCAGGAACCGGGGCUCAUUGUCAGACGUGAAUAAGAGACGGGUCGCCGUCGCCGCCGCUACCGCGCUCUCCGCCGUGCGUCGAACGUUAUCUUAAUAUUUCGCGCGGAAGGCAAUGAAUCUUAAACGGUCGUAGACAUGGCUGCGCGAUCCCGCGUCCUUUUACGACAGAUAGCACGGGAACUUGGUUCCUUGGCACGACACUUACGUGCUUCUUCCCGAUAAAGUACAGGGCGACGCUGAAUCUCGUGUGUUCAGCAUUAUAAUUACUUGCUUGUUUAAAUCGCUCGUGCCAGAUUCUGGUGAACUUGUUAGCUUACACGUGUUCCCUUUUUACCUUUUACUCCCGUACGAACAAUUUCGAUUCUCGAGUUGUAAAUAAUUGCGGCAAAUUCUGCAAAUUGCCUGCAAAGAAGACAAAUUGAAAAUCCAAUAACGCGUACCCUCAGAACACCUGCAACACGCGGAAGAUAAUUACACCCAUUCAACGAUACUUUCCUCUAAACUUGAGAUUAUAAUAAUGCCAUUAUUGAUUAAAGUAGGCUGUAGGAGGAGAUCAUGGUAAAAGUGCUCCCCGUACUACUUUUCUCGGUGAGCGUCUAGAUCAACGAAUUAUCUUUCACAUCUCAAAGUGUAUCGAUGCGUCCCGACACUCUCGCUCGUCUGAGGAGCUCGGUCAGCUCGUGAGCGUGUGAGCAACGGGCGCUAUCUUUCUUUCUUCCCACCACGGCGAAAGGCGACCACGGCAUCGGCGAGCAAAAGCAAGAGUCAACGUACGUACGUACGCUCGGUUCCGCUCCGCGGUGACGAGGAUACUACCGACCGUGUACCAUCGAAAGGAGUCAGUUUCCGCGUAGUCUUCGGCGCGUCGGUGUCACGCCAGGUGUUGUUUCUUACCUGUUUCACUCCAAGUGUCUAUCUGGACGCGAAUACGGACGUGAAGGCGCACUCGAAUGCAGAUAAGAGAUGCGCCCGCCGAUCCGCAAUGUUCAUCGCGCUCAAGUCGCUCUGCUCUCGCUGGUUCUCUUGGUGCAAGGUUUGGGAGCGUCGGAGCCAGCCGAGUCGAACGCAACCAGCACCGUUUCAGAGGAUGACGCAGAGGAGUUACUAGAAAAUAUGAACCUGACGACAUUCAAGGAAAGGUACCGAAGGCUGAUACCCUACAUGACUUUUUACGUGUCUAACAAUUACCUGCAGAACCAAGCUAUAGCGCAGAAUUACGCCAAGGAGCUGUCGACCACCCUACCCCGAAAACCACCACCGCCACUGCCCUCUCUGAUCCGACUUGGCAUACCGAGGCGAGGCGGUAACAAGUAUCGCAUCAAUUUGCCUAACCAGGAUAAAAAGUUCAUCCCAUCCGUGCAAUUUGACCCCAGAAACAUCGGAGGCGACAAUGACUAUUUUGCGCCAGUCAAGUACACCACCAAGAUCACCUACGUCGACUAUUCCACUCCGUCCUAUCAGCUCUAUCAGGCGCAAAGAGCCUAUCCCGAGAUUACCACGCCUUCCAGUCAGAUCCUGUACAAAGACAAUCGAUACUUUGUCGCCGACAGACCUCUGCGACCACCUGCCCCCGUACGAGAGCAGUAUGUGGUCAAGAAACCGCUGAUCAAUCCGCAGAACGAUUACGAGCAGGAUUACGGGAUUACGAGGCCGCCGAGCGUCGCCGUCAGUUACGCUAACAAGGACUUUGAGAGCUUCCGAUACGCGCCAGUACACGCAAAUGUGCAACAGCAACUCACACCAUCAGGUCAGAUCUACCGAAAGCCGAAUGUGAAUUUGAAUAAUAUAAUCGACGGCUACCAGUCCGAACGACUACCGGAAAUAUUGAAUAAUAAAGACAACAUUGACGAUAACAUCAAGGCACUCGUGGAGAUACUCGGUAUAUUGCACAACACACGACAGGAGAAUUUUCCGCAGCCGCAAGAACCGCCGUUGCCGUCGCCACCACCGUCGCCACCACCGUCGCCACCCAGAUUAGUCAGCUACAACAGGUAUAAACCGAAAACGUACACGCGGCCGAAGGUGAUUACCGAGACGAGAUUCCAGGUGACACCGAAUCCCCUGUUGAUCACUGAUGAUCCCGAGCGUUACAAGACGACGGACGACGACGACGCGUCGAACGGGACGCCGCCGCAGCAGGAUUAUAAUGUGAACAAUGUAAACGAUAAAAAAGUAGAAUACUACGUUCCAUACGUCCAGGAUGUCUCGAACGCACAAAGGUAUAGACCGAUUCCUUUGUCUGAUACUACUUCCACCGAGCACUCCUACGAGAUUACGGAGGACCUCAGCGACGACAUUCUGCAAGACGAACGAUACACCCUGCCGAUUUCUACUGAGGCGUCAUCGUCGGGUAAGGGAUACGUAUCGCCGAACGAGGUCACCCGUCCGAAACCAAAACGGCCGCAAACUGCUUUAAAAUACGGCGCAACGCGCGGAAAACCUCACGUCGACUAUCCGGCGUACGCGGUUAUACCGGAAACCAAUUUCACUUGCAAGGAUCAAAGGUAUAAAGGGUUCUUCGGCGAUCCGGCGACCAGAUGCCAAGUAUGGCACUAUUGUGAUCUCAACGGCGGCAAGUCUUCAUUCUUAUGCCCGAACGGCACGAUAUUCAGCCAAGGCGCAUUGACCUGCGACUGGUGGUUCAACGUAAAGUGCGAAUCGACCAUUCAGCUGUACGUGCUGAACGAACGACUGUACAAAUACAUUCUGCCAAUUAUGCCCAAGUUUCCCGAAGACUUUACCGGUCCGGAAGUAGAUCGAUACUUGGAACUCAAGUUCAAGGAAAUGGAAGCAAAAAUGAAGGAGAAGAAAUUGAAGAAGCAGCAAGAGGAGAAGGAAAAGGAAAAGGAUAAGGAUAAGGAGAAGCACAAGGAGAAGAGCAAGUCACAGAAAGCGGAUACGAAAGAAAACGAAGAAUAAAUGAACAGCGUUGUGCGCUAAAUAACUCAGUCUCGACUACAUAUGACUCGUUGCCAUUACAAACAACAAGGAACCUAUCGCGGACUGCAGGGCCACAAAAUUCCGCAGGACGCGGGAAGGCCUUACAGUCCCGAAAAAGUGCAAUAUGAUAGAGUUAUGACAUAUGAUUUAACGAUUGCGAGUAUCACAUCGCGCGUAUAAAAUAAUAGGCUAGUUUAUCUGUGUACGGGUAUAAAGUGGCUGAUGAUAUAUACUAUAUAGGUAUCUCUUGCGUAUUUGCUCUAGUCAUACGUGUGUGCACUAUUUAUAACCGAAAACGCUUGUCUGUUCCACGUCUAUUUCACGAAUGUUUUGACCUACAUUCGAUGAAACCUUUAGCGUAUUUCUGUAACCAUGUAACGUCAAAUCGCACGCAAUUUGUACGUUGAAACCGAAAACGAUAAAAAAAAUAGCAAUAUAGAAAUUCAUUCAUUAGAUGUUAAACAUGUAGUUAAUAUUUUCACUGCACAUGUAACGCAGGAUAGACAGAAACCGGCCAAGUUCUGCCAUUUGUCCGUAAAUAACCAUUACAUGCCGAUUGGUACGCGUGAAAUAUUAUAUUUAAAAAAUAAUCUGUUUAUAUUAUAUUUAAACUACAUACUUUUAUUGUGUUAUUCGCGACGAGAUGCGAGUGAGAAUACUUCGCUUGUAAUUUAUCAAAAAUCAAGAAACCACGAUAAAAUAGUUAGCGACUCUUUUAGCCUAGGUAAAUACUAAACAACCAUACGUUAUUCCUUCUACUUAAUAUUUUGUUAAAAGUGUUAAUAAAUUUAUUUAUUUAUCACUUCCUA